UCUGAAAGCUUUUCUGCCCACAGCACAUUUUUCUGACCGGAAGGAUUAAGCCUAUACAACGGCCCAGACAACUUGCUCGACAGCUUCAUAACACUUCUUCAAUUUGCGGUCUGCAGCUGGAUCACUAGCACUUCAUGUGAGCUCCAUUUCGCAGCUGCUUCUUGCAGUUCCCUACAUUCCAGUUUUCUUUAUUAUUAUUGUUCUUGAUGCAUGGUAUUGCCAUAAUUCCAUCUGAUCGAAAACUUCAGCACAUGCUUCCCAGUCCUCAUUUUUAGGUGGGCAGCACCUUGUUUUCAGUCUGAAUGAAAUCAGGAGAACGUCUCAUUACCCAGCUCUGAAUAGACCCAAGCUGGUGUAUCUGACGGCACAACCGCUAGCUGCACAAGCCUGGCCCUCACUUCACGUUGGCCCCCCAACUAAUAUGGGGUCCUUGCAUCGCUUCCCCAUGACAACUGCAUGCAUGGUGUCCAAAUCCAAGCACCGAAAGCACAUCGUGUCUUCCAACAUCGCACUGACCGUGCUCGUGGCCUUGUCCCUUGCCCAACCAUUCUGCUCGAGCAGUCGAGUGAACUAUAUAUCCACGGUCAGGUGGCCUCUGAACACCAUCACUUGCAGCUUCACAAACAAAACACAGCAAACUGAAGCCACAGCUCUCCAGCUUCCAUCCAGAAAGGAGGAAACAAGUCAACAAUUAACCAUGAUCAGCACCAAGAGGAUUGCUCAGCUGGCCAAGAAGUGGCAGAGGAUGGCAGCGCUUGGGAGGAAGCAACUCACCUGGCGGGCAGCAGCAAUGGAAGCCGACGAGUGCUGCACCUCUGUGGCGAGCAAGGGCCACUGCGUGGUGUACACCACUGAUGGGGUGCGGUUCGAGGUGCCAUUGGCGUGCCUCAGCACAGCAGUCUUUGCAGAGCUCCUGCGGAUGUCACAGGAGGAGUUCGGCUUUGGGGGUGAUGAUGGCAAGAUCACUCUGUCCUGCGACGCUGCGGUCAUGGAUUACGCCAUGUGUUUGCUCAGGAAGGGCGCCUCUGCAGAGGUGGAGAAGGCGUUCCUCAGCACCAUGGCGAUGUCGUGCCACUAUGCAAACCAUGUGGUUCCGUAUGUGGCAGUUUGCUGUUAGUUGCAGUUGUAUGAGUGUAUGUUAGUAGUAGUCCAUCAGUGUAGGUAGUAUGACAAAAAGGUGUUAUUCAGAGCCCCUUUUUCCGGCAAAGAGGUCAAGGAAGGUGGCGACUUAGCAAGUUAAUGCAAUGUUCUUGUUCAUUGUACAAAUCCUUUGUUGCACAGUUCCCUUUUUCUUGCAUUUCCAAUUGGCAGCUUGCUGCGAUCUUCAGAGUUUUGCUAUCAGUUUGGUUUACAGAACGUCAAGUGUUACUCCUCAAGUCCUCCCAAUCCAUGUUUCGUGGUCAGCAUUGACCGGUUCAUCUAAGAAACAUAUCUCCUGAGGUCAAAUACAAAUCGGGUCCAACCUGUCAAGGACCAUUCUGCCUGGUAUCGUGUAGUGAGAUAUCAAUUGUAAAGGUAAUUAUAGUGUCCUAUUUAAAAAUAUGAUAUGGGUCCUCAGAUUGAGACAUAUAGCCUGAAAGUUGUUCAUGCCCAUGCCAAUCUGUAUCUGAAC